AUGCGAGCAGCAGUGAAACCUGACGGCAAGGAAUACUAUGAAUACAUCCUUUGCUACGUCGACGACAUCCUCUGUAUGUCAAUGAAAGCCAAAGAAGUGAUGGAAGGGAUUGGAAGGGUGUUCAAAUUCAAGAAAGGGAAGAUUGAACCUCCAGAAAGCUACUUGGGAGCUACGUUACGAAAGAAGACUUUGGACGGACACAACAUUUGGACAAUGUCAAGUUAUGACUACGUCGUGGCAGCUGUCAAAAACGUCAAGGAAACGUUAAAGGACAGUCCAAAAUGGAAAAUACCCAAGAAUGCACCAAUGCCGAUGACCAGUGCCUAUGAACCGGAGAUGGAUGGAUCAAACUAA